AUGACUGGCAAAGCCUUUGUCACCACCACGAACAGUCAGGAUGGUCACGAUCAAGAUCGACGUCAACAUCAACGAUAUCCUUGCUACGAUACCAAAAUUGAGCAAAAUCCUCAAACAGACGACGAGAUGUCAAAUGAAAAGGCUCCCGAGGGUUAUACCUUUGGUAUUGAGCUUGAAUAUCGCCUGAAGUUGUUAAAGGAGGGUUAUAAACAUCCAGGUCCACAGAAGGUUAGAGGUCACCUUGCAAAAUUGUGGAAUCAGGCUGGAACUGGAGUCGAUCGUCAUAUUCGAAUGGAAUCCGGCUAUUCAUUCCAGAAUCCUAGAGAGUAUAAGGCCUGGAGCGUAGUGGACGAGCCCGCAAUGAAUAGUGGAAAGGACUUUCGAUUUUGUGGUCUCGAAUUUGUAUCGCCUGUCUUCAAGUACGGUGAACGCCAAUUUUGGGGAAAGGAGAUCCAAAAAUUGUCGGACUUUAUACUCAGACACAGCCACGUAGAGAUGGAUAAUAGCACUGGACUCCAUAUCCAUGUUGCCCCCCUCAAUCGUCCCUGGAGCCUUCUUGAACAAAAACACAUUGCUGACGCGGUUUAUUACUUUCAUGAACCCCUAAAGGAGCUUUUCCCAGACCAUAGCUUUACCCAAGCCUUUCUCAAAUCCAACUUUACAGAGAAUCCGUUUCUCAUCAACUUGCCUCCAGAGAAGAGCUUUUCUGCUCUCAUUCACGACACCCAAACAACCGAAGAGCUGAUCGACCUCAUAAAUCCUCCCACUAGUCCUGGUGAUGACUUCAGUCGACGAUACUACGCUUGGAAUUUCACAAACAGUUCUGAAAGAAAAUCUGUGUGUCUCUACCCAAAACAUACAGUUGAGUUUCGAUUGCCCAGAUCCACGACAGGGAUAGAUAUCAUCCAAAAGUGGAUCGCCUUCACGGUGACGUUUCUUCAGGCUGCGGUUGCCUUUCCACCCGAAUUUAUUGAGAGGGACUUUGAACAGAAUCUUAUGGGGCUAUGGGGAUUUUUAGUCCACAAUCGACCUCCUGACGGUACUGAGGACUUCUGCUGGGAUAGGUUCUUGGAUCCGGAAAUCCUGAAAAGAGUUUUAGCGGGUGAAGGACAUCAUAAAGUGCCCGAUCAUCUUCAAUGA